AAAAAGAACGACGCAUUUCUGUUGGUAAAUCGAGAGGCUGACGUUGUCGCGCUGUCGAGCUCUUGAGAAGAUCAAAAAAGGAAACUUGAAUUUCCCAUAACAGAUGUGCAAUAUGGAGGAAAGGAGACCAGUUGCUACAGAGCCUAAUAAGAUGAAAUCUGAACGCAGGGAACCCGGCGCAGAUGAGGUACAGAAACACGCGGACGUGGCGAAUCCUUCAAUAAGCAAAGACAACCUCAUCAUGAAUAACACGGCGAAAGGAAAUGUGUGCGUUAAAGAAGAGGAUUGUGAAUGGGAGUCAGCGUACCAUCAGCAGGAGUGGCCCAGCAUUAAAAAGGAGGAGGGUUGUGACUGGGAGUCAGUAGACAUUAAAGAUGAAUUUGAACCAAGAUUUGACUUGCAGAAAGUCGAGGCUAUAAAGAUAAUUAAGGAAGAAGAUGUUAAGCCAGAGUCAUCUUCUCAUUAUGUAUGUCCAGAUGAAGAGCAAACGGGACUAGGAUACUGUUCGUCAAAACUGAAUCCUUCUAUCCAUGUAAAGUCUGAAUUUAUGAAAUCUGAAAUUAAGCCCUUUAAGCAAUCAUCCAGUUCAGAUCAUACAGUAGAAGAUUUACAGCAGACUGGCUGUCUCUCUCUGCCACCAUUUUCUCCGACUGCUCUACAGCCUGGACCACAGCAUAAUGAAAAUAUGAAGAUUGUGACCCCUGGAUCACACAUUCUGAUGCCAGCCACUUUACCAGAUAGUUUCAAACAUGAUAGAGAACUAAUAACACUUGUAAUGGACAAUAACAUUCAACACCAAGUGCAAAGUUCAAAUUCAGACCCUCUACAAGUCUGCCAGGAUCUGAGAGAAACUGUUAAAUGCAAAUCUAAAUACAAACAUGAUCAGUGGAAUUAUAUAAAGCAGAAACCAUUUUCCUGUUCUGAAUGUGGAAAGCAAUUCCCCUACAGCAGCAGUCUGCAGAGGCACAUAAUAAUUCACACUGGAGAAAAACCAUAUUGCUGCCUUGAAUGUGGCAAACGAUUCUCACAAAUGGAAACCCUUCAGAACCACGCAAGAAUUCACACUGGAGAGAAGCCGUACUGCUGUUCUGACUGUGGCAAGCAAUUCUCUACAAGGAGUGGUUUUCAGAAACACAGAAAAAUUCACACUGGAGAGAAGCCAUAUUCCUGCUCUGAAUGUGGUAAGAGAUUUUCACAAAUGUGCACUCUUCAGACCCACACAAGAAUUCACACAGGAGAAAAGCCAUAUUGCUGUUCUGACUGUGGCAAACGAUUCUCCACCAGUAGCAGCUUACAAGAACAUAAAAAAAUUCAUACUGGAGAGAAGCCACAUUGCUGCUCUGAAUGUGGCAAGCAUUUUACCACCAGUGGCCAUCUCCAUAUCCACACACGAACUCACACAGGGGAGAAGCCAUUUUGCUGUUCUGACUGUGGGAAGCAAUUUUCUAGAAAUAGUGGUCUUCAGAUACACAAAAGAAUUCACACUGGAGAAAAGCCAUAUUGCUGUACUGAAUGUGGCAAAAGAUUUUUUGACAGUAGCCAUCUUCAAAGCCACUCAAAAAUCCACACAGGAGAGAAGCCAUAUUACUGUUCAGAAUGUGGUAAACGGUUUUCUCACAGUAGCAGUUUUCAGAAUCACAGAAAAAUCCACACUGGAGAAAAAUCAUACUGUUGUUCUGAGUGUGGCAAACGAUUCUCACAAAUAGGCCAUCUUCAGACUCACAACAGAAUUCACACUGGGGAGAAACCAUAUGGCUGUCCUGACUGUGGCAAACGAUUCUCACAAAUGGGGUGUCUUUUUAGUCACACAAGGAUUCACAAUGGACAGAAACCAUAUUGCUGCUCUGAAUGUGGCAAACUAUUCUCCAACAGUAGCAGUUUUCAGAAACACACGAGAGUUCACACUGGAGAGAAGCCAUAUUGCUGUUCUGAAUGUGGUAAACGGUUCUCCAACAAUAGCAGUUUUCAGCAUCACAGAAAAUUUCAUACUGGAGAGAAAUCCAGAGAGAGUAAGUUGAAAGGCAAAGAAAAGAGAAAGGAGUCCAAAAGUGUGUGUAGUACAAACACAUCUAAUGACUCAGGUCUCGAUGAGUACCUUCAAGUAAUGGCCUUUGUUGUAUAAGAUCUACACCAAAUUCUAUAAGGAGAAACUCAUUUCUUACUGGAUCUGAUCAUACUGGCCCUAUGUCUCCCAUGACAAAAUGGUACCAACCUCCUGACUCUGCAUUACGUGAGGUGAUAAAUAUCUUAAUAUAAAGACACAGCAUCAAGUGUGGUGUCAGUCCAGAUAAACUGCUGGACUCACUGAAGUGGGAGAAAAUACCACAAAAAAUAAGAGGGCUAGAACAGUCCUGUGGUCAAUUGAGGAUACAGAGGAGGUCGUGUUCUGUUUCUCUUAUGCAACAAAUCCUGAGUCUCUUUUUGAAGAUAUGGCAAGUGGGCUUGUAUAAAAACUGGAAUCUGUAAAAAUAAUCUUGACAAUCACCUUAAGUGAAAUAACUAAUACAAAUUUCAGAGUUGUAAUCAAAGCUAUUCAAAAUCAAAAUCAAUAAUGAUGGCAGAAAUUAAAUUAUCUUGUAAAAUUACCUUGAAAGAACAGCAAAAGGAAAAAAAAUCCCAAAGCUAUGAAAAAAAAGGAGGGGGAAAGGUUUGGGAUGAAAAGAAGGGGGGAGACUUUAGAUAGUGAAGUGUUUUCGCCAAUAUCAGAGAAGAAACAGAAAUAUCUGAAAACAAAACCCAAAUAUGAAUUGACAUUCUCAAAAAUGAGUAUAAUCCAGAAAUGGUAUGGCCUUAAAAACUCACCAAUUUUUAUAAUGAUAUUUACAAGGAUCCUAUGCUAUCAGGGUCUAAUCUUUUCUUGAAAACAUGUCUCUCCGUUUUCUGAUAGCAGAAGCCUAGAAUCUAUUCGUUUCAAAGAGAAAAAAAAAAUGCUUUCCAAGCAUAUCUCAGAUAUGUCAAUUGUACAGGUAAGUGCCAACCAAAUCAGACAGACGGAGCUAGUGAAAUUCAGACAUCUGGUGGACAUUUGCACAAAGCUGAUGGCUGAAGGCUUCUUCAACCUAAGGCAUAACAAAGUGGCCAGACUCUGAAAUGAUUCCAAGAAACCAGUGAGUUCGCUGAAAGUCAGAAACAACAGGAGACGGACACCAAUAAAAAGUAAAAAGCUAUUUCUUUAUUCUUGGUAGCAGAGAAACUACAGCUGCUGAACAUUUCAGUGUUCUACAGAUCUCUGCCUGCUAGCAGGAAGAACAUCUUCCUUUAUACUCAAGCUUUUUUGAUGAAAUAAAUAAAAAGAGGGAAUGCAGCAGUUCAUUUUGAGGUUUUACAUAAAUUACAAUAGCUUGCAAUUCCCUGAAUUACAAUGUGCACAUUGCUUCUUUCAGAUAAAGAGGUUAUCAGGGCACUCACAGUUUUAAGAAAUAUGCUCAAAUAGUUUUAAGUAAGAGUUCAGAAACUGUCACAUUGAUUUAUAAAAUAACAGGGUGUUCUGUUAGUAGCAAGAGGUCAGCAGUUUCUCGUAAAAGAAAGUCUCUUAAUUCUGUGCACAAGCUUAAUUCUUUUUCUACAUAAAUGAAGACUAAAUCAUAGAGCUUUUUUUAGCAUGAUUAAUACAUAAUACAGUCCUUGGUAUUGUGAGUUAACUACUUAUAAUCAUUACAGUUAGUAUUUCUUCCUCACCAGACAAGGCUGUUAAAAAAAAAACAAACAAACAAACAAAAAACACUUGGACAAAGCCUGGAUAAUUAAAUUAUCAGUUUCAAGUGAUAACGCCGUGUAAAGAAAGACCUCAGUAACAGCAACAGCCCUGUUACUCGCAUGAUGGCAGUGCUGGGAGGUCCCGUCCCUUCGGCUCCAACAGAAAAGGGAAAAGACGAAAUAAAGAAAAUUUACAAAAACAAAUAAUAAACUAGAAAAUUUCAUGAAAAGCAAGUAAAGCAGAGAAUUAACAAGAUUUUUCACAAACAAGAUUGACAAAAUGAUGCAGAAAAAUAAACAAAUUAUAAAAAAUAAAACAAAAAUCACAGAUGGUGCCCUGGCAAAAUGAUAAACCGAAGCAGAGGAACAAGAGGAUCAGACAGGCACAAGAAACAGGAUACUAAUUGUGCUGAUUUUUCUCUUGUACCUUGGCAUGCAUAUUAUAUAUGUAAAGAAAAAUUAUAUAUAUAUAUAUAUAUAUAUAUAUAUAUAUAUUGUGGACUGG